CGGAACCAAAGAGUGGAAGCCAACUACAAUUAUAAUUAUAAUAUUCACCUGUGGAGCUUUUCUCUCUUCCGUUUGAAAGAGCUUCGCCCUGUUGUUACAGUUUAACACAGCAUUCCAUCCAUUCCGCCCAAUGUGGAAGUGGAUGUGAGUUCGUCUACUGUCCUACCCUGUGGCGGUUCCAAUACGAUAAUCAAAGAUGUUCAAGCUUUAUGAGCCGUGCUUCAGCGUCCAUCCCUCCUUUACACUGCUCUUUGGAUUGAUGCUUAGCGCUACCCUGCUGCAAACAGCCUUCACAGACAGGGACAAAGAGUUCCGCAUUGCGUGGAGCUUCUACGAUACCCCUUGUAGUCGCUUCAACUACAGCUUCCGGCUACACGACUAUGGUAUCGACGCAAAUACAAACAACAGUUUCCAUGGUGACCAGGUGUCAACUUUUUACAACGAGUACGGUCUAUGGCCAUAUCUGAGGGGCAAUAACGAAUCCCAGCCCGUUAACGGUGGCCUCCCUCAGCUGGCCAACAUAACAGCUCAUGUGGCGAAACUGACCGGUGAGAUCUCAGCCGAGAUGUCCGCUAACUCGAGCGGUUUUGGAGUUCUGGACUUGGAGUUGUGGAGGCCUUUGUAUGAGACGCUUUGGGGCACUGCGAGGGCUUAUAGGAUGUUGAUGCUGGCGUCACUGAGAGGUGUACAAAAAGCCCGGCCCCAUGUCCACUGGGGAUACUACAUGUACCCGAAGUGGUGGUCGGACGACACCAUGUAUCUCAAUGACAAGCUCUAGAACUGGCCCUGAAGACUCCGGCUGAAAUGGGCAUCGACGGAAUCAUCAUUUGGAGCAGUUCCAGUAUAUUCCACACAGACCAGCGAGCUCUUUGCAACAGACUGGAUGUAUACAUCAACAAAACCCUUGGCCCUUUCGUCAAAGACCUCAAGACCCGCGUCGACAAGUGCUCAAGGGAGCGAUGCAGCGCUAGAGGCAGAUGUGUCCACAACGAUUAUUAUCAGCAGAUCCAAAAGGUUUCUCAACUCAGAUUUCAGGGUACGAAAACGGAGGACGACCAGACGGCGGGAGCUGCAAAAUCGGGGGGAACUUCUUCCAGUACUGCGUCUGUUAACCCUACUGUGUCUUCUAAACCUACUGCGUACUCUGACCCUACUAUGACUGCUAAUCCUACUAUGACCUCUAACCCUACUGUGACCUCUAACCCUACAAUGACCUCUAACCCUACAACUCAAAGCUCACAUGACGAAAACGACAAUAAGGCUAGGUCUGCUAACCCUUCCGCACCUGUUAACCUUGCUGUGUCCGUUAACCCUGUUGUGACGGUUAACAUCACGGUGUCCGUUAACCCUACUGUUGUAAUGUCACAAUGUGGAAACGACAACCCCACUGUGUCUGUUAACCCUAUUGUAACCGUUAACCCUACCGUGAGCAUUAACCCUAUUGUAACCGUUAACCCCACAGUGUCUGUUAACCCUACUGUAACCGUUAACCCUACUGUGAGUGUUAACCCUAAUGUGUCGGUUAACCCUGCUCUAUCUGAAAAAUACAACGUGUCCGUUAACCCUACUGUAUCCGUUAACCCUACUGUGUCCGUUAAUCCUACUGUGACCGUUAACUCUAACGAGUCCGUUAACCCUACAACUGAUGGUUCACAGUGUGGACACGACAGUACCGGGACCGUUAACCCUCCAACUGCGAGUCCAGACGUGAGCGGAAACGACAGUAUCUUCUCCGAUGACUACUCGUGUCUCUGUUUCGAGGGCUACUCUGGAGACAGCUGUGAGCAGGAGUUGUAGACGGCAGAAGCUAUUCGGAGACGUCUCCGGCGAGCACCCAGGAACUAUUCGGAGACGUACUCCCUUACACAUCGUAUUAUGCACUGCUUUGGGUUGGGGGAGGGGUCA